AUGCUAACCCAGAUGCGCUUCGAAGGCCCAACUUACAACAUAAGAUCAAGAAGGACCCCAAGUAAGUUGCCAGCAAGACACUUGUUCGCUCUGCGGAUCAAUGCUAAUCAUUCAUCUGCGCUGCUCAGAUCUUAUAUUGAAGAUUUCCGGGCUCAGCACUACCAAUAUGAGUCUCACCGCGAGAUUUUCAUGGCGGCGCCUUCGUCCGCUACGGACACCGGUCUGAUUUCUCUUCGGGAUCUGAUCGACUUCAUUUCCCAUGUCUCCGACUGCUACCCAGACAUCUGCAAGGACUUCCCGCAACAGCUUAUUGACAUGCUCAUGCAGCACCACCUGGUGUUGGAGACCGAGUUGCGCGAGAAGCUGGUGGGCAGUCUGGUGCUUUUGAAGAAGAAGGAUAUCAUUGACUCAGAAAGACUACUCCACACUCUGUUCCCCAUUCUUGUCUCUACGCCUAGUAAGACCCUGAGGGCCUUGCUGUUCCAAAAGAUUCUCUCUGAGCUGCGCACUGCCAACUCCAAGACUACCAACCAUAAGUUGAACCGGACUAUGCAGACUGUGCUCUUUAACUUGGUCACCUCUGACCGCACAUCGGCCAAGGGCUUGUGGGCAAUCAAGAUUACCCGAGAGCUGUGGAAGCGCCAGAUUUGGACCGAGGCAAAGGCUGUUGAGGUCAUGAAGGAGGCUGCCCUGUCAGAAAAUGAGAAGGUCGUCGUUGGCGGUGUCCGCUUCUUCCUCGGUGGUGACAAGGAGCGCGAGGAGCUGGAGGACGAGAGCAGCGAUGAUGAAGUGAAUGUUGGUCAAGUCAAGCACCAGCUUACCAUCAACAAGAAGACCAGAAAGAAGGCUCGUGCCGCUGAAAAGGCCAUCAAAUCUGCCAGGAACAAGGAGAAGAAGAAGGGCCAGCCCAACGUCAUGCUCAACUUCUCGGCUCUUCACUUGCUCCACGAUCCCCAAGGAUUCUCCGAAAACAUGUUCUUCAAGCAUCUCCAAAAUGGCAAAUCCAAGCUGAACCUGGAGCAAAAGCUCUUGGUCCUGCAAUUGGUCUCCCGUCUGGUUGGUCUGCACCAGCUGCACAUCAUGCCGCUCUACUCCUACUUCCAAAAGUUCCUCACACCGCGCCAGCCGUCCGUGACCUCAUUCCUGGCAUCUCUGGCUCAAGCCACGCACGACCUGGUGCCGCCUGAUGUUCUCGAGCCUCUUGUGCAGAAGAUUGCCAACGAGUUCGUUUCUGAGGCUUCUGCGGGUCAAGUCGCCACAGCCGGUCUCAAUGCCAUUCGUGAGAUUUGUGUGAGACAACCUUUAGCCAUGGAUGAAACCCUAUUGCAGGAUCUCGUCAUGUACAAGAAGAGUAAGGACAAGGGUGUCAUGAUGGCUUCCAAGGGUCUGCUUAGUCUGUACCGUGACGUCGGUGCUCAAAUGCUCAAGAAGCGUGACCGCGGCAAGGAGGCUGCCAUGAGCCUGCGUGCGGGUGAAAGGUCGGAGAGACGCUUCGGUGAGCAGGCUGUUGGUCAGAUUGAAGGUCUGGAACUUCUGGCCAGAUACAAGGACGAAGAACGCCGCAAGAAGAACAUCGAGAAGGGUCUUCCAUCUGAUGCUGAAGACGAUGAAGAUAAUGAAGAAGACAACUGGGACGCCUGGAAUGUUGAGGAUGACUCGGAUGAUGAUGUUGAUGGAGAGUGGAUCAACGUGGAAGAUGAUGCCGAUAUCAACUUGAGCGACUCAGAUGACGAGGGCAAGUCCCGCCCGUCAAAGAAAACCAAGCAGGAGGGUGAAGAACAAAAGGACGGUGAAAAGUCCAAGGCUGAAGAGGAAAUCGAUUUCCUCAAAUUGGCUACCACUCGAAUCCUUACCCCCGCUGAUUUGGCCAAGCUCGCCGAGCUCCGCGCUGAGGCAGCUGCCGAGGCCACUCUUCCUGGAAACAAGGGCCGCGUUGCCGCGCCCUGGACUUCUCGUCACACCGACGACCCAUUGACUGCCAACGAGAUCGAGGGUCUUGCUGCUCUGUCUGCUGCUAAGGCCACACGCGAGGAGCGCAUCGCCCACGCCAAGGAGGGACAGACAGACCGCUCCGAGCACAAGAGCAAGGAAGCAAGAAAGAAGGAGCGCAAGGAGCAGGAGGGCAAGAGUACUACCAACAAGGAGAAGGCUCGCAAGCACAAGCCCUUCUUGAUGUCCCUUGGAAAAGCGAAAUCAAAGAAUAAGAGAAGUUUGAAGGAUGUGUCUCGUGCACUCAAGGCGCAUCAUGACCGUGGCAAGAGAGGCGGAAAGAGAGGAAACUUGGGUACUACAGUUGGACCCAGCCGUUAG